AUGUCGACCAACCAGGAGAACACCGUUUCGGAGAAGAAGGAUGGUGUCGUACCCGCCUCUGGUAGCGAGACAGCUCCUUCUAACGACCGUUUCUUGGGUGUGUGCGAGAGCAUUGGAUUUCUCCCGCUUCUUGAGCCUUCAUAUGCUCAAGAGCCUAAGCCCGCAGAGAAGGAGGAGAGUCGGGAGGAAGAUGACUUCUUUGGUCUCAAGGACUGCUCCUCAGCUUUCUCUCAGCCACAGGAAGAGAGUCGCACGGAUACUUAUAAGGAAGUGAGGUAUUAUGAAGAUGAGAUCUUUGACGCAAAUGGUGGUCUCAAGAACUGCCCUGAUGCGUUCCCAGUGGAUGAGCUGGAGGCAGAAAACCAGGCCCAACAGAAGGUAUUGAAGAGGUGCAAGGAGAAGCAAGAGUAA